GAAACCCCUUGGCAUCCGUGUGUUUUUGUUUACAAAGUGAACUCAUGCUUCUCUCUUCGUAAAAGUUGAAUAACUGAAGAAUUAAUGAAGAAAUGUCCCGGAACUUGAGGAAAUAUAUUCUGUGGUUUGCUCAGGAGCAUGUGGACUUCCGUUUUCCUGAAAUCCAGUCUAUCCUGAAAUUAUUCAACAUCUCGCAGAAUUGGAAGAAACCAGAAAAUCCAGAGCUCCCUUUCUGGAUUAUUGAUCUUCCGGACGAGGAAUCUGCCAGGAAAAUAGCCUCGAGAUCUGUGUCUUUGAGGUGCAUUGUGGAACUCUGGGCUCAUGCUAAGAGUAUCCCAGUGCUGCACAGCCAUGUCAAAGAAGUCAUCCAGAAGAAUCCUCAAUGGGGUCAGACGAUAUUCCACAGAGACUCUUCGUUCCGUAUGAACGUUGAGACUUACAACAAACACAUCAGCCAGGCCGAGAAAGUGGCCAAAAUUGACACAUUCACCUACAUUCCCGUGACUGGAGAUGUUAAUCUUAAAAAUCCCGAUGUCCAGUUCACGUACAUUGAGUUCUUCGGGCUGGAUCCAACUAAUGUUCCUCCUGAACCGGAUGAUGUUCUCUUCGGCCGGUGGAUAGCAGACGGGAGACGAAGUGAUCUCAAGGAACUGUCCCUCAAACGAAGGAAGUUCAUUGGGAACACCUCAAUGGAUCCUCAGUUAUCCCUGCUCAUGGCCAAUCAGGCCCUGAUCCGCGAAGGAGAUCUCAUACUUGAUCCCUUUGUGGGCACAGGAUCGCUCCUGGUGAGUGCAGCACGGUUUGGAGGCUUUGUUCUGGGCACAGAUAUUGACUUCCUAAUGCUCCACGGACGAACGCGUCCUUCCCGGAUAAAACAGAAGGUCCGGGAGAAGGAUGAGUCCAUCAAAGCCAAUUUGACUCAGUACGGCUGUCAGGAUAAGUACCUGGACGUCUGUGUGGCGGAUUUCUCUCUUCCCAUCUGGAACAGCCACCUCUCACUCGAUGCCAUCAUCACUGAUCCUCCGUACGGCAUCCGGGAAGCUACAGCCAAAGUAGCUUCGAAGGAACCGUCCGGUGAAAAGCCCCCCUCACCCGCUCCAGGUACCUUUCACUGCCCAUCUCGCUCCCACUACGACCUGGAGGAUAUCUUCCGGGAUCUCCUGGCCUUCGGAGUGCAGCACCUGAAACUAGGUGGAAGACUCGUGUGCUGGCUUCCAGUCUUCAGGGAAGACUACACUGACUCUUCCCUUCCCAGCCAUCCAUGCAUGGACCUGGUGGCGAAUUCCGAACAGAUCCUAAGCGCUUUUAGCUCCAGGAGGCUUCUGACCUUUGAAAAAGUCGCUGCAGGAGAUGGAAGGGCAGCUAAUGGAGAGCCUUCUGGAGUUCAGUUGAAUUUCAGGAAGAAAUACUUCUUCCACAGUGAAGAAUCCAGGGAGCAGAGGAGACUGCAGAGGGCUCAGCUCAGGCAAAUUGGCCGAGAGGAAGCAGCAAAGCGGAGAAAAGACAGGGAAGCCAGCUAAUUCUUGGAAAAUCAUACAAGUGUCAAAUAAAAAUUUUAAAGUAUGAUAAAA